UUAGUUUUAAAGGUGCCACAGGACCCUCUGUUGCUUUUUACAGAUUCAGACUAACACGGCUACCCCUCUGAUAAUUAAACAAGGUGGAAAUCAGUGGGACUAUUCACAUGCUUAAAAAGCGGCACCUUGCUAAAUUGGAGCCAGAGGUUAAGUAAUUUGCAGAUUACAAAGGGAGUCAUUGGUUGAUUUAGGAGCAGAAUUCAGGUCGCUGGAAUCCUAAGCCUGUGAUUAAUUCACUAAACCAGAGCUAUUCCUAUUAUGUGGUAAUACAACGCUUAACUACUGUAAAUGGUACAGCUUUUACUAUCUGUAGUGUAUUAGCAUUUUUUGUAAUUCGGGGUAUUAUUGAGUUCUGAAACUGGCUGCUAUAUCUGCUGAAUAGCUGCCUGGCUUGUUGUCAAAAUAUAUAUAUUAAAAAAACUUUUACCUUUUAAUGAAUAUUUCUUCCAUAACCAUUUUCCUACUAAAAUAACCUUUACGAACUCAAUUAUGAAAAUUAAAAGUCAUAGAGUUAAAAAUUAGUAACAGGUCAUGGUCACUUUCUGAAUACAUACUCAAAACAUUUCUUUUACAGGCAGCAUAAUCCAGAGGAUAGGGCACUGGACUGAAAGACAGGAGACAUGGAGUGAAAUCCUGCUGUCACUGAAGUCAAUAACAAAACUCUCAUUGGCUUUAACAGAGUCAGGAUUUCAUCCUCAGAUUCUGUUUCCAGCUCUGCUUUUGACAUGGUGUGUGACUUUGGGCAUGUCGUGUCAUCUCUCAGCCUCAGUUUCCCAGUCUUCAAAUUGGGAUCAUGAUACCCACCUUCCUCUGUAAAGUACUUUGAAAUCUAUGGAUAAAAAGUAUUAAAUAAGAGCUAAAAUCAAUGGGACUAUUCCUUAAAUUAAGCACCUUAAGUGUUUUCAGGUUUGGGGCCUUAUUUACUUUUAUUCUAGACAUAACACAAUGAAUCACACCUUGAUCCACCACUGUUUGUCAAAUACAUUGCUAGAAAAUUAACUGUUGAGUACUGCAGGGUCAUUAAUUGAUGCUUCAAAGAAGGUAGAGCUAAAAGGUCUAUAUCAGGAUGGGAGGCAGAAGGUAAUCUCCUUCCCUGAAAAAUCUGACACACAAAUUUAGUGUCCUUUCAGAAUGCCAAGGUGCAGAAGUCUAAGGAACUGAUGAAGUCAGCACUACAUAUGGACCCACAUUUACUGAUGAAUAAAGUCCUAAGAAAUAAGUUGGGAAGACUUGAAGUUUAGUCAUGAGUUAAACAUAAGGUUAUAUUAAAUGUGCAUUAUUAUGUAAGAUAUGUUAAAUGUUUUAUGAUCUUGAAAUUAUUAAACAAAUUUGGAACGGCUCUAUUUUUUUAAUCGCGCACUUUUUUGUUUAGUGUUUUGUUAUUAUUUGAAUUCUGGUAUGUUUUGGGGUUUUCCCCUACAUAGCUAUCAGUGUGUACAAUUUUAUCUAAUGUUACACAAAGGCUAAUGUAAUUAUAGCAACAGUAACUACGCUGUUGAUUUUGUUUUGUCACAUUUGACAAUUGGUCACAUUGCCGCCUACAAGAAGCAAACAGAAAAGUUUAUACCUCAAGAGGAACCUGGUAAACAAAGAUCUGCAGCUUAACUACCAACUUCAGAAAAGCAGUUUUUCCUCUUUAAUUUUAUUAGCCAUCUUAUGCAAAAUAGCCAUAUUGGACAGAAUACAUUUAUUAUUUUGAUUUGUGUUUUGGUUUGUUAUGUUACUCAACUCUACUUGUUGCUAAGGAAUAGCAAAGAGGAUCAGAGAACUUCUAACAAAGAUGGAAAACUAAAGCUUGUUUACAAAUCCAUACGCCAUAGAAGUCCUAAAGACAAAAAAGGAAGAACUGGUAGAAGGCUUAAACAACCCAGACCAUCUUCUUAAUUGGCUGAUAGACAAUGGUAUUUUUACACCAGAGAAAAAAAUGGUUAUGUCCUACUACAGAACACGAAGAGCAAAGAACUCCCGGGUUUUGGAUAUCCUGGUUUCUCAAGGUGAGCGAGCUUGCAGGCUGUUUUUUUAUCCAUGUCUAAAACAAGUGGAGCCAAAUCUAUAUAAUAGAAUAAAAAAAUAUGUCAGUGAUGUGAAUGAAAGUAUUGGAGAUGCUAGAAGACAACUGGUAGGAUAUCUACUUGAAAAGGACAAGGAAUGGAUUGAAACGACCAGUGAACAAAACCAAGAGAAGAAGGAUAUUCCUAGACAGAUUUUAUCAAAGCAAGAAAGAGCAACUAAAGAGAAAGUUAAACAAACACAAAAUUUACCUGCAGCAAAACCUAAGAAAGACCAUUCUAAUGCUGUUAGUAUCUUUGAUGCAGCUGCUAAAGGUGAUCUUUCCGAUCUAGCGAAAGUAUUGAAGGAGAAUGAUAUUAAUGCAGUAAACGCCUCAAAUGAAACACUUCUGCAUAUUGCAGCUGCUAAUGGACAUCUCGCAAUAAUUGAAUAUUUAAUUAACAAAGGUGCUAAACUAAAUGUAAAGGAUAAAAAAGGAAGAACACCACUGCACAGAGCCGCUGAAAAAGGCCAGGAUGAUGCAGUGAAAGUGCUUCUCCAAGCUGGUGCCUACAUAUACAGUUUGGAUAAAGAAGCCAAGACCCCACUUCAUUUGGCUGCUCAGAACCACCACACUCACAUACUGAAGAGGAUCCUGAAAGAAGAAGCAAGAUGCUACAAGAACCAGCAAAACUUCUUACACAUGGCAGCUCUCAAAGAUGAGAGCAACCUGGCACAAAUGCUUUUAAAGAAUGGUGCCCCAGUUGAUGCAAAGGAAGAGAAGGGACAGACUGCUUUGGGUUAUGCCACUUCCCAGGGAUUUGAGAAAACUGUAAAGGUGUUGCUAGAAGCUGGUGCCAGCAUUGACUCUAACAUCAUUGAUGUAGCCUUCAAUAACAACAGACAAUCCAUAUUCAGAAUACUGCUGGAAUAUUCUAAAGGAUUGUCCCCUGACAUGAUGGUGUCAGCUCUUUUUAAAGCUGUCCAGAAGAACCUGCAUGGCAUUGUAGCAGCUUUAGUUGACAGAGGCACAGAUAUCAACGCCCACAAUGAAAUGCAGUACACACCUUUACUCAUGGCAUGUGAAAUGGGUAAAACAGAGACUGCUGAAGUUCUCAUCACAAAGGGGGCUAGUUUGGAGGAGAAGAUGCCCAACUCAAACACGGUUUUACACUUGGCAGUGCAAGCCGGGGCAGUCUCCAUAACAAAUCUGCUUCUCCGCAAAGGGAUGAAUGCUAACAUCACAAGCCAGGGAGAGCAAACCCCGCUCCAUGUUGCUGCAUUUCAUAAUAAGGGAUCAAUAGUUGACAUUUUAAUCAAUGCUGGGGCCAAAAUUAAUGCUGUCACUAAGGAAUUAGUCACUCCCUUGCAUGUCGCAAGCCAAAGAGGUAAUGUUGAUGUUGCUCAACAGCUGCUGAAUCACAAAGCCAACGUUAAUGUAAAGGAUAAGCAGUCAAAGACACCCUUACAUCUUGCUGCUGAAAAGGGAGAUCAUGCAAUGGUGGAGCUGCUUCUUAGUUUUAAUGCUGAUCCCAAUGCAAUGGACAAGGAGAAAAAGACCCCACUUCACACUGCAGCUAUGGGAGGCCAUCUCAAUACAGUUAAAGUUCUGUUAGCCCAGAAGGCCAGAUUUGGAAUUAAGGACAUGGAUGGCUGCACACCAAUGCACUAUGCGACCAUCAAAGGCAAUGCAGAGAUAGUACAGAUCCUUUUGACAGCAGGGAAGAAUAAAAAUAUUGAUGAUAAAAAUAUCUGGAGAAAGACUCCACUGCAUCUUGCAGCAGAACAUGGACAUGGUGACUUGAUAAAUUUGUUGUUGAGCAAUGGGUCAGCCAUUAAUGCUUUAGACAACAACAAGGAUACCCCAUUGCAUUGUGCUUGCAAGGCUGGUCAUUUUAACUCCGUAAACUCACUUGUCAGCUGGUCUCAGGGAGAGAAAGCAAACUUACAAGCCACUAAUAGCCUCAAAAAGACUCCGCUGCAAGUAGCAGAAUUUAGCACAAGUGACAACCAAGCUCAGAUUGUAACACUUUUGAAAAAGAAAAUGUUAAUAAGAUGAAUUUGUGAUGAGGAAUAUAUUAAAAAUGUUUAAGUGCAAGAUUAUAAUUUCACACAAUCUGGAUAUAUAGGAUUUAGUUCAGACAUUAAAAUCAUAUGUACAUGGGCACGGUUGAUAACGAUUGAUAUAAGGAUAACUAAGAAUGAAGCUGGGGCUGGUAAAAAGAAGCUAAUGAUCAGAGGUGGUAAAUAUAUAUACACAUAAAGAUAUAAAGCCCAUUGUUGAUCUACUAUGUGUUGCCAACUCUCUUGAUUUUAUUAUGAAUCUCAUGAUAUUUGGUGUCUUUCUUAGAGACCCAGCUUUAAGAGUCAAAUGAGCAUGAACAAAUCUCAUCUUUUAUG